CAGACUGGCGCAGCGGGCGGCGGCGCAGUGAGUGCGAGCGAGCGGGCUCGGGGGCGCGUGUGCGCGACGCUGGCCGGCGGAGGGCCGCGGCUGCGCCCCGUGGGCCGUUCUGGUCCCUGAGCCAGAGCAGCCCGGUCCACGACGAAGAGCGCGCGGGCCGCCCCUGUCCUCUUCCCGUUUCUGUUAGCCACGUGAGCUCGCGCAGCAAGGGGCACGUGAGAUUCGGCUUGGCCACGCACUUUCUUUAGUCCCACGCAUCCCAGAUAUUAUCAUUUCAACCUGUAGUCGCUAUAAAAAUGGAGAGGGUCCACAUUCUCCUCUCACACUAAGUGUUGCGACUCCGGUGUGUACUUGACACUGAGAGCGCAUGUCAGCCCCGAAGGCCACGUGGCGAGGGCUCGACGGCUCCGCGCGGCUCGGCUACGGUCUUGGACCGCACAGCUCUAGGAAACCUUACAGAAACAUGAAGCCUUCGGCCAUCUGGAACUGAGAAACUCAUUCGAGGCUGACUGUGGCUUCUAGAACGUCGUCCAGGUGUUCUGCAGAUGUGAGAAUUUAUCCUGCAUUCGCCAGCUGGAGUCCCGAACAGAUGCACGGCUCCUGCUCGGCGCUAACAUCCCUGCGCACAGAGGGGUCGUUUGCGAAGUGGCCGCAGAGCUGUUGUUGGCUCUGAGGGCUGACUGUCGCACACAGCUGGUCCUCCCUCGGAGCCGUGGGGGAGGGUGGCAAACCACAUUGGAGGCUGCAAGUGUCCUGACUCUCUUGAAUAAGGAUUCCAGGUGGGGGCCUCAUUUCUGUAGCCCCACCAUUGUUCUAGGGACCACCACCCCACACGACCGCCACCACCUGUAUUUUCUUGCAAACUCCCUGCCCUGAAAGUAAGCAGGAGGAAGCUCUCAGAAACAUCUCUAGCUGUGGCCCACCGUCCCUCCAGACAGUUAUUACCCUCCCCUCCCCACCAUGGGCUGGCUUUUUCUAAAGGUUCUGCUUGUGGGGGUGACUUUCUUGGGAGGCCUGUAUCCCCUUGUGGAUUUUUCCUUCAGUGGGGACACAAGAGGCCAGAAGCCGAAUUUCGUGAUCAUUUUGGCAGAUGACAUGGGAUGGGGGGACCUGGGAGCGAACUGGGCAGAAACGAAGGACACUACCAACCUUGAUAAGAUGGCUGCGGAAGGAAUGAGGUUUGUGGAUUUCCACGCAGCUGCCUCCACCUGCUCGCCCUCUCGGGCCUCCCUGCUCACCGGCCGGCUUGGCCUUCGCAAUGGAGUCACGCACAACUUUGCGAUCACCUCCGUGGGGGGUCUGCCGCUCAACGAGACCACCUUGGCUGAGGUGCUGCAGCAAGCUGGCUAUGUCACUGGGAUGAUAGGCAAAUGGCAUCUCGGACAUCAUGGCUCUUAUCACCCUAACUUCCGUGGUUUUGAUUACUACUUUGGAAUCCCAUAUAGCCAUGAUAUGGGCUGCACAGAUACCCCGGGUUACAACCACCCUCCUUGUCCAGCGUGUCCACGGGGCAGUAGACCAUCAAGCGGCUGCGCAGGUCAUGGAAAGGAACACCAUCUGUGGUUUCCACACAGGCACCUUGAGAGGGACUGUUACACCGAUGUGGCCCUUCCUCUCUACGAAAACCUCAACAUUGUGGAGCAGCCUGUGAACCUGAGCAGCCUGGCGCAGAAAUAUGCCGAGAAAGCUACCCAGUUCAUCCAGCACGCAAGCGCCAGCGGAAGGCCCUUCCUACUGUACGUGGGCCUGGCCCACAUGCACGUGCCCUUAUCCAGAACGCAGCUCUCAGCAGACCCACGGGGCCGAAGGCCAUAUGGCGCUGGUCUCCGGGAGAUGGACAGCCUGGUGGGCCAGAUCAAGGACAAAGUUGACCGCACGGCAAAAGAAAACACAUUCCUCUGGUUUACAGGAGACAAUGGCCCGUGGGCCCAGAAGUGUGAGCUGGCAGGUAGCGUGGGUCCCUUCACUGGAUCGUGGCAAACUCAUCAAGGCGGAAGUCCGGCCAAGCAGACCACCUGGGAAGGAGGGCACCGGGUCCCGGCUCUGGCUUACUGGCCCGGCAGAGUUCCUGUCAAUGUGACCAGCACCGCCUUGCUAAGUGUGCUAGACAUCUUCCCCACUGUGGUGGCUCUGGCCGGGGCCAGCCUGCCCCAGGACCGGCACUUUGACGGUUUGGAUGCCUCCGAGGUGCUCUUUGGCAGGUCGCAGACGGGACGCGGGGUGCUGUUUCACCCCAACAGUGGGGCGGCUGGAGAGUACGGAGCCCUUCAGACGGUCCGCCUGGGCCGUUACAAGGCCUUCUUCAUCAGCGGCGGAGCCAAAGCCUGCGAUGGGGCCAUGGGGCCUGAGCAGCAGCAUGAGCCCCCCCUGAUUUUUAAUCUAGAAGACGAUGUUUCAGAAGCCGUGCCUCUCGACAGAGGUAGUGCCGAAUACCAGGGCGUCCUGCCCAGGGUCAGAGAGCUUCUUGCCGACGUUAUUCUAGACAUUGCUGGCGACAACACCUCCAGAGCGGAUUACACUCGCCAUCCUUCCGUGACCCCCUGCUGCAAUCCCCACCACGUUGCCUGCCGUUGCCAGACCCCCUGACGGACCGAUUUUCCCCCAGGCAGAUGUGAGGAAGUGAGGGCAAGUUCACACUCCGGCUCCAGAUGCCCUAAAACUAAGUCUCAGAAUUCUGUUCCGAAGCCCCCGCUUUGCCCCCCCUGCGGUCCUUCCUGCGUGCGGGCUUGAGAGAACAGCUGUGCGGAGCUGAGCGGAGAGCACCCGGGCUUUGGAGUUAGACCCGGUUCAAGCUCUGCUUUUGAACGCGGGCGAUUAUUAAACCUAGCUUGCCAGCUGACUUUGAGAACGAAGGAAGGCGAUUUGCGAAAAUGCCUCCCAUAGGACCUGCCACAGCACCGGCACUUCAUAGAUUUUAGUUUCUUUUUUCUGUACCCAGUUUGGCUGGUCCCUUUAGCAUAGAUUCAUCCCAACUGGGAUCUAGGGCAGUGCCUCUCCAUCUUUAAUAUGCAUACCUGUCACCUGGGAGCUCGUGGAAUUGCGUACUCUGACUCAGUAGGUCUGGGGUGGGGCCCGAGAUGCUCCAUUUCUGGGUGGCUGCCGGCGGGGGGUGGUGGGUACCCCGAGUAGCGCGGAUGCAGACUAGUACGAAGUUAGAUGUUUCCGGAUCUCAGC